UUCAUGACUACUUGGAGGAUAAGGCAUUGACGAUCAUCAUUGACUUGUUAAGUAUAUGAAUAAGCAAUCAAAAUUAUUAUUUCAUCUUCACACAGACAAGAGAGAGGAAGGGGAAAAAAUAAUCUUGUUAAUUCUCCAUUUGAAUCUCUUAGCUGGGCAACAACAUUCUGCUGCUCUCUGUCUCUCUCAAGGAUUAGAAAAGAUUUGGGAGAAAUUAAUUAGGUGCAAGCUGCAGUCAGCAUGUUUAGUUUAUAUGGACAGGCAAGGCAAGAUGAUGAGAUGCUUUAGAGGCAACAAGGAUGAGAUUGAGAGAGAGAGAGCAUUAAUGAGAAAUGGAGGAAUGUUGUUAGAAAAGUCGAUAGCCAUUAAUAAUGGCAGAGGUAAUCCUAUCCGUUCAUUUUCUAUCCAAGAGAUUAACAAUGCAAUAAAUAACUAUGAUCCAAAUCAAAGGUUUGUAAUUGUAAGGGACGGAAUAUACGAAAUGUAUAAGCGUUUUCUGCAAGACCGCCCGGUAAUCGUGAAAAAGUAUGACAAUAAUGAAAUUUUAUUGGAGGGAUCUAUCAAUGAGAUAGUGUUUGCAUCACAAAUGAGUGCGCAUAAAAAUGUUCUCAAACUCUUAGGUUGCUGCUUGGAGUCCCCAAUUCCUAUUCUAGUUUUUGAACAUGCGGAGAUGGGAAUUCUUGAUCAUUACAUUUUUAAAUAUGUUGAAGAUUUGCGACCUUUAUCAUGGAAGAAUAGGUUGAAGAUUGCAGUUGAUGUGGCUAAUGUGAUUGCUUAUCUUCACACUGCAUUCCCAAGGCCUAUUGUUCAUAGAGGUAUCAACCCCAGAAAUAUCCUGCUGGAUGAAGACUACAGGGCCAAAUUGAGUGAUUUUUCAUCAUCCAUAUCAAUUCCGGAAGGUAAAACCCACAUAGUGACGGAACCUUUGAUAGGGACACGUGGAUAUGUAGCUCCUGAAUAUUUUUUUGAAGGCAAGUUUAGUGAGCAGCUUGAUGUUUUUAGUUUUGGUGUACUAAUGUUAGAGCUUUUGACUGGAAAAAGAACGUUCGAGCCAUUGGAUUAUGGCCACCUAGAUUUGCCUUUUGUGGAGAUUUUCGAAAAAUGUAUGGAAGAAAAUGAAAAGUUAGACAAGCUUAUGGACCCUAUAAUUAUUGAAGAGGGGACAUGGUCUGGGAAAGAGCAGCAACUCAAAGCUUAUGCAAGGCUUGCCCUUCAGUGCAUGUGCGAAAGAAGUGAAAAUAGGCCAGAAAUCACUGAAGUUGGCAAACAACUUAGACAGAUUUAUCAAUCCCUAAUUUCUUCUUGUUGAUCAUCAAGAUUAGCUUUUUAUUUUUUUUUAUGCAAUUAUAUCAGUAGCAGUCAAAUGAGAUGUUGUUUCUAAUUUUCUAUUAUUUAUUAUUAAUGUAAAAUAACUUUUUAAAGUGUAUGCUUUUAAUUCGAUUCUCUCCAUUUAAUCA